AUGGCCCGACGACGAGUAGUGGUCACUGGUCUGGGUCUAGUCACUCCACUCGGAUGCGAUGUAUCUCAUGUUUGGAGUCGACUGCUUUCUGGAGACUCAGGAAUCGUCUCUCUUGCUGGCCGUACUCAUUUACCUACUGGAUUAACCUAUGCUGACAUUUCUUCCCAAGUUGCUGCAUUAGUUCCAACCGAUCCAACUAUUCCUUACAGCUUCAAUGCUUCUGCCGAGUUUUCAAAAAAUGAUGAGAAGAAAAUGCCACCGUUUAUUCUGUAUGCAAGAUAUGCAGCAAGCAGAGCAUUGAAAGACGCUGCAUGGAUACCAUCUACAAACCAAGAUCAAGAACGAACAGCAAGGAUGGGAUGCAUAGACGAUACAGUAAAUUUAGGUCAAGUUAUGGUAACACACGGGAUUCGCAAAGUCUCGCCCUAUCUAGUGCCUCGCUUAUUAAUCAAUAUGGCAUCCGGCCAUAUAAGCAUUGAGCACAAGCUAAAAGGUCCAAAUCAUUCGGUUUCAACAGCUUGUGCAACAGGUGCUCAUGCCAUUGGAGACGCUAUGCGGUUUAUUCAAUAUGGCGAUGCAGAUGUGAUGGUUGCUGGUGGAACUGAAUCUGCAAUAUCGCCCAUCUCUAUGGCUGGAUUUGCUAAAGCUAAAUCUUUGUCGACUAAAUACAAUAACAAACCAAUCGAGGCAUCACGGCCUUUUGAUCGCGAUCGGGACGGAUUUGUCAUGGGCGAAGGUGCUGGAGUGGUUGUGCUGGAGGAAAUGGACCAUGCGGUGAAAAGGGGUGCCAAAAUCUAUGCUGAACUGAGUGGAUAUGGAUUGUCUGGAGAUGCGCAUCAUAUGACUGCUCCACCUGAAAAUGCUCAUGGAGCCGCCAGGGCCAUGCGUCGCUCAUUACAAAUUGCGGGACUGCAUCCAAACGAAAUUGAUUAUGUAAAUGCACAUGCUACAUCAACAGAGAUUGGCGAUUUGGCAGAAACCAGAGCUAUCCGCGAUGUGCUGGGCCAAAAUGUUGCUGUAUCAUCUACCAAGGGUGCUAUUGGACAUUUACUUGGUGCUGCUGGCUCUGUUGAGGCUAUUUUUACUAUUCUCUCUCUUCAUACUAACAUGAUUCCACCUACACUCAACCUACACAAUCUGGAGCCAAAGAGCGAGUUUUGUCUCGAUUAUGUUGCAAACAAGGCACGCGAUACCAACAAACUAAUGCAAAGAUCUGGCACUGGUAUUGGCAUUGGUGCUGCAUUGACAAACAGUUUUGGAUUUGGUGGCACAAAUGCAAGUUUAUGCUUUAAAAAAUGGCUAUAA